GCUACGAAUCAUACAAAGAUGAUGAAGCAAAAAGCUGCUCAUAUCACCCGGCGGCCAAAGAACUUCCUUCGGCUAUGGCAACGGCGGGCUGAUCAACGCCACCUAAAACUUCCAGCUAUUACUGGCAAGAGCCAUAAAAUCUUGGGAAGCAAUUAUGAGGAAAUGUCGAAGGAAUCAUUGUUGACCGGAGAAUUAUCGGAUGGCAGUAGCCGGGGUUCGAUACAUGUUCCAAAAGGGUCCAUAGCGGUCUAUGUAGGGCCAGUGCGCCGUAAGUUUGUGAUUCCGACGAGCUACUUAGCAAUGCCGGAAUUUAGAGUUUUGAUGGAUAAGGUGGCUGAUGAAUUCGGAUUUGAGCAUGAAGGGGGACUACAAAUUCCAUGUGACGAACAAGAUUUUGAGCAGAUAUUGCUUAGAUGUGGCACUCCACCAAAAUAUCUGACAGGAGCCAUACAAAGGUUCUGA